AUGGGAGUCUACAUCUGCCCUGGCUCCGGGGAGGUUGAGGCCAAAUGCCGGGAUUCAGGGCAAUUUUACUGCCCCUCCUGGGGAUGUGAGACUAUCUCUACCAUCUCAGGACAUGAGAAAAAUAGUGACCCCCACAUAAGCUUCCAGAAACUCCUCACUGGCCCCUCUUUCCCUUGUAAAAUAACAGAAUGUAACCCAGUAGAAAUAAAAGUUAUCAGCAAAGGAGAUUUCUAUUGGUCAACAGGAAGGACCUGGGGAAUAAGAAUCUAUUCCUAUAGUGUAGACCCAGGAGCUCUCUUCACAAUCCAGAGGAGGGCCAAACCAGAACCUGAGAAACCCACAGAUCCGCCCUCAGCCCUGGCCCUGCCCAUACCUGUUAAGCCACCCCAGGCCUUGCCCAAUUCGCCUGAGCCCACCAGAGAAACUAGGGCAAGGACCUCACUUUUACCUCACAGCCCUUCUCAGGAAUCUUCCCUUCUGGAGAUGUUGGGAACUGUACAUCAGUUCAUUAAUACCUCACAGCCUACGGUUGGGAGGGACUGUUGGUUAUGUUUAGACCCCAGACCACCCUAUUAUGUAGGUGUGGGAAUUUCCCAGGAUAUCCCCCAGUUCCAGGGAACGAGUAAUUGUUCCUGGGAUCAGCCUAGGCUAACCUUGGGGGAUCUUCAAGGACAAGGUAGCUGUCUGCUCUCGCCAAACUUUCCCCUCCAACGAUCCCCUUAUGCAGACUCAUGUAAUCAAACCCAUUGGGGAAAUAGUAGCUUCACUACCUAUUACCAAGCGCCUGAGCAGACCUGGUUAGCUUGCACAAAUGGCUUAACCAAGUGUGCCUCCUCAGACCUAUUCAAGGAAGGGGAGGACCCCCUCCUCUGUGUCCUGGUUUAUAUCCUCCCACAGAUUUUCAUAUACAACGGGAACGAAGGAAGAGCCCACAUGUACUCAGGCCUUUCAUCAAACCGAUACAAAAGGGCUCCUGUCUUGGUUCCCCUCCUAAUAAGCCUGGGUAUUGCAGGAUCAACUGCUAUUGGGGCCUUGGCUCUAAUAAAAGGGGAUAUGGACCUGAGGGAACUAAGUAAACAGGUAGAUAUGGACAUAAGACACCUCGAAAGUUCCAUCUCCCAUCUAGAGAAGCAAGUAGACUCCUUAGCUGAAGUAGUAUUACAGAAUAGACGGGGAUUGGACCUUCUCUUCAUGAAACAAGGAGGAUUAUGCAUGGCUCUUGGGGAAACUUGCUGUUUUUAUGCUAAUAAUUCAGGAAUAAUCCGAGAAAGUUUGGCCUUAGUGAGAAGAAACUUAGAAGAGAGAGAAAGAAAAAGAGAACAAUCAGAAACAUGGUUCCAAA